UACAGCGCAACAAAUGAUAGCCUUUAAAAAAACGCCGGCGUCCUCUCGUGCAUAUAACCCGAUGAUUUUAUAAAAAACAACAUUGCGGAAGUAGCUUUUUCUUAUUAAGUUUCAUGGACUUCGAAUCCGACAAUCUUUCAUCAAACUCGUUUUCCGGAGCGAACGGAAAAAAAAUUGUUGCUGGUUUGUUUUUUUCUGACAGCGGUAGUGCGCUAAGUGUGCUCAAAAAGUGUUUUUUGCAAGUGCAAAAAUUAAUCUUGGUUGUUUCUUCUCUCAUUCCGUUGUGCAUAUUUUAUUAAUAUGAAUAUUUUGUCGUUUUUGAUUACAACCGGCGUCAAUAUUCUCUACACUCCUUUUGCUGAGAAUGCAAGAAGUGAAAAUCUCCUGGGGUCGAAUGAGCGCAGUAUUCGGGCCAGUGAUUUUUCAAUAUUCCCAUUUAAUUUGCUCAGGAAUACUCCGGCCUGUUCAACACUUAAUUUAUACUUCGGAGACAAUUUCCUCAAAGUGAUAUCCAUCCCUCGCGGCUCAUGCAGCAACUGCUGUCCAAUUAAAAUGUCCCGGGACGUAAAGUUCGUCCUCUACACGAAAAACAAUCCUGAAAAUGGUAUAACUAUUCAUCCCUACAACGAGAAUGGGGCUGCUCGAAGAGCUGGCGUUAAUCCGGAAUGGAAAACCAUCAUUUACAUUCACGGAUUUUCCGAACCCAGUCCCGGAGAAAGCGGAAGAGGAAUAAUAGAUGCUUAUUUGGCCAAACCGGAGAACUUCAACAUUAUUCUGCUGGAUUGGGGAGAAUUGGCUGCCUUUCCCUGGUACCGCACCGCAGUUUACAAUGUUAAACUAGUAGGGAAAGUGCUGGGGAAUUUCAUUAAACUGUUCAGCCAAACUGGGGAGAUUCCCAUCCAAAACCUACAUGUGGUUGGGUUCAGUUUGGGAAGCCACAUUGCUUCCAUGGCAGGAAAGGGACUGUCCAGUGGACUUAGAAUCCCGAGAAUCACAGCUCUGGAUCCGGCCUUUCCAGAAUUUUCUUUGCAAGAUCGCUCCAAGAGACUUGCAGAAACCGACGCUGACUAUAUAGACGUAAUUCAUACCGAUGCUGGAGUAUUCGGCUUUCCAGCUUCCAUUGGACAUGCGGACUUUUAUCCCAAUGGAGGAGUAGCCCUACAGCCAGGCUGCCAGCCCAGCUACUUGGCACAACAACGGAUAGCCGACCAAGUUUUCGCGUGUAGUCAUGGAAGGGCUUGGCGCCUCUAUGCCGAGUCGGUAACAAACCCAAGGGCUUUUCCAGCCACGCAAUGCGAGAACUGGAAGGGCUCGAACAAAGAAUGCAAUUUCACACUCGAUGCCUUCAUGGGAUUUGGGAAUAGAGACACUGUUGGUCAGUUUUUCCUGCAAACAGGCUUCAAGUCGCCCUAUGGCCUUGCUGUUAAGCAGCAGAUCCGUUAGGAGCUUCCACCUUUGUCAAACUGCUGCUAGGGAACUUAAGACUGAAUAGGAUUAAAUAACAUCAAUACUU